AUGAAGCUAGAGGAUCAGAUUGUCCUUGUCACGGGCUCGUCCCGUGGCCUGGGACUGGCCAUUGCCCGGGCAUUUCAUCGCGAAGGCGCCCGCGUCGUGGUCAACUACGUCCACACGACCCCCGACGGCAUCUCGGCGCUGGCGACCGAGUUCGGUGUUUCUUCUACCACGACCACAACCACGACUACAGCGGACCAUGACGGCGCUGGUGACGAUCACGUCCUGUUCGUCCGUGCCGACGUGACCCAGGCCGACGACGUCCAGAGCCUCUUCGCCGCGGCCGAACGCCACUUCCACCGCCCGAUCACGACGGUGGUCAACAACGCCAUGGUCGACAAUUUCGCCUUCAACGGCGACGCCCGACCGCACAUCCCCGACCUCACCUGGCACCACUUCGACGCGCAGCUGCAGGGGUUCCUGCGCGGGGCGCUGAACACGACGCAGGCGGCGCUGCCGGGGUUCGAGAAGCUCGGGGCCGGUCGCGUCGUCAACAUCGGCUCCAACCUGUUCCAGAACCCCGUCGUGCCGUACCACGACUACACCGCGGCCAAGGGCGCGUUGCUGGCCUUCACGAGAACGUGCGCGGCGGACCUGGGCCCCAAAGGCGUGACGGUCAAUAUGGUCUCGGGCGGCCUGUUGCGCGUCACCGACGCCAGUGCCAGCACGCCCUCGGCCGUGUUUGAGCACAUCGAGGCCAUCACCCCCUUGAGGCGGGUCACCACGCCCGACGACGUCGCGGGGGCGGUGCUGUUCUUCGCGAGUCCCUGGGCCCAAGGCGUGACGGGCCAGCAGAUCGUGGUCGAUGGGGGGCUGGUCAUGAACUGA